AUGCAGACUGCUUCUACAAACAUUUGUGAAAGAAUGGGUCGCUCGCAGGAGCUCAGUGAAUUCAAGUGUGGUACAAUGAUAGGUUGCCACCUGUGCAAUAAGUCCAUCUGUGAAAUCUUGCUACUAAAUAUUCCACAGUCAACUGUUAGUGGUAUUAUAACGAAGUGGAAGCAACUGGGAACAACAGCAAAUCAGCCACCAAGUGAGUAGGGUCAGUGCCUGCUGAAGAACACAGUGUGCAGAGGUCGCCAACUGUCUGCAGAGUCAAUAGCUAAAGACCUCCAAACUUCAUGUGGAAAUCAUAUUAGCACAGCAACAGUGCUUAGAGAGCUUCAUGGAAUGGGUUUCCAUGGC